AAAUUUUAUCUACAUUUUCCAAUUCUCUAUAAAAGUGUAACACUAGCAAGUAGCACCUUCAUUCCAAGAGUCCAAGACCCUAUUUUUCCUCUUGACUCAGCUAGGAAAAAAAACACAACAUGGAGGUGAGGAAGAUCACAAAGAGUGAGAGAGUAAUAGAAGAGAGAAACCAUGAAGAUGGUAGUACUGGUCACAUAAUUUUGUUCACAGCUGGAACACUAGCUCUCCUAAUGGCAUGUGUAAAAUGUGCUAUGCUAACUUUACUGGUCGAGCAAUGGCGUGCAUGGGUUUUUCUAGUGCUCAACCUUGUUCUCUUAGCCAUUCUUUUCACAUCUACACGGUCUGAGGAGGCCUCCAAAGAAACCCAACAAUGCAGUAACAAUGUGGCAAUGAAGGAUGAAAGGAACAAGAAUAAUAAGAGUCAUUGUUGUACAUGGUCAGCACCAGAAGUUGAAGAACGUACAAUAGAGUGCAAGGAGAUUGUACAUAGAGAGAAAAUUAUUAGUGGAGGGAACAAUGAGCCAGAAGAGAAAGUUGAAGACGAUGCUGAGAUUCCAAGGCUGUCAAAGGAGGAGCUGAAUGAGAGAGUGGAAACUUUCAUUGCUAUGUUUAGGCAGCAUUUGGUUUCAGAUGCUAAGAAAGGUAGAGCCCAGUUUUUUGAAAAGUCAGAAAGAGCUAAAACUUUGAAUUUUCAAAGGGUGGCUAAGUCUAACAUUAACUUGACCUCUCCUCUCCAAGGGGUCAAGUGUUUAAAUGUAGAAGUUAAGGGGUGAAUGUUAUAUUUAUUCAAAGUUAAGAGGUUCAAUUUUGUUUAAAAUAUGUGAUUUGUUUC